GGGGAGGGGCACGGCGUCAGCGCGUCGCCGGCUGGGCCGCGCUGGUGGCCAGGAGGGAGAGACUAGGAGGAGGAGGAGGAGGAGAUAUCUCUUCAUUAGCCAGAUGAGACAUAUGUAAAGGGAGACAUCAGUAAAUCUGGAUCAACAGCCCCACAGGGAAGCAGAACAUGGAAACAGAGUGAAACAAGUAAAAUGCUACUGUACAGAGUAGAAAAGAAGUCAUGUUUAAGAGAAGUUCUGGGAAAGGCUUCUUGGAGUUGGUGAUUCACAUGCAGAAAUUUUAAGAAAAUUUCAUCAGGUGAACUUGAAGAAAAGGCUGACGGAAAAGAGAUAAAGGUGUGAAGUCACAGAAGUGUAAAAUAGCCAUGUGAGUAAUCUGUGAAGAUUUGAAAGGGCCAAUGAGUAUUCUCAUCAUUGAGGCAUUCUAUGGAGGGUCCCAUAAACAGCUGGCGGAUCUGCUUCAAGAAGAGUUAGAAUACUGUGUCCUUUAUACCCUUCCUGCAAAGAAAUGGCACUGGAGAGCACGGACAUCGGCUUUGUACUUCUCUCAGAAUAUUCCCGCCAGUGAGCAUUACAGGAUUCUCUUCGCAAGCUCAGUGCUUAACCUGACUGAACUGGCUGCCCUUCGGCCUGACCUUGGGAAAUUGAAAAAGAUUCUGUACUUCCAUGAGAACCAAUUGGUAUAUCCUGUCAAGAAAUGUCAGGAGAGGGAUUUCCAAUAUGGAUACAACCAAAUUCUCUCAUGCCUGGUGGCUGAUAUGGUGGUAUUCAACUCGGUUUUUAAUAUGGAGUCAUUUCUUACUUCUAUUGGAAAAUUCAUGAAGCUGAUUCCUGAUCACAGACCCAAAGAUCUGGAAAGCAUCAUCAGACCCAAGUGCCAAGUUAUUUACUUUCCCAUCAGGUUUCCUGAUGUGAGCAGAUUCAUGCCCAAGCACAAAGCAGCGCAUUUACAGAAGAUACUCAGCCUUAAGGGAAAUGGCGGUGUUGCUCCAUCCAUGGCCCUUCCUUUCCAACAGGAGCAGAGGGGUUCUGAGAAUUUAUUGAAGAAUUUUGAUUCAGAGUCUGGAUCCUGUGCUGCUGCACAAGAAAACCUGGGUCGCUCAGUAAGGCAGGAGUCAUACUUGAAAACAUUCAGCUCAUCAGAUUAUUCAAGCACUCAUCAUGGGGAACAUAAACAAAAUCCGUGUAACAUUUUGGCUGGAGCUGAUGAUCAACAAAGACCAUUGCAUAUUGUCUGGCCUCACAGGUGGGAGCAUGAUAAAGAUCCAGAGAGUUUUUUUAAGGUAUUGAUGUAUCUUAAGGACUUAGGACUCAAUUUCCACGUAUCUGUCCUUGGAGAAACCUUCACAGAUGUCCCAGGUAUAUUUUCAGAGUCCAAAAAGGCAUUGGGAUCUUCUGUCUUACACUGGGGCUACUUACCCAGCAAAGAUGAGUAUUUCCAAGUACUGUGCACGGCUGAUGUUGUCAUCUCAACAGCUAAGCAUGAAUUCUUUGGAGUGGCAGUGUUGGAAGCUGUGUAUUGUGGUUGUUACCCACUCUGUCCCAAAGAUUUGGUUUAUCCCGAAAUAUUUCCAGCUGAAUAUCUGUAUUCUACACCUGAACAGCUUUCAAAAAGGCUCCAGAAUUUCUGCAAGAGACCAGAUAUUGUAAGAAAACAUCUCUAUAAGGGUGAAAUAGCUCCUUUUUCUUGGGCAGCCCUACACGGUAAAUUCAGGUCUCUGCUUACAGCAGAACCUAGGGAAGAUUUGUGACAGAUGGGGCUAAGUCACAAACUUGCAGCCUAAGGCAGAAUCUGUAGAACUUUCCAGAGUGUGCCCAUAUUUACCUGAUCAGAGAGAAAAGAAAAUCUGCAGAGGAAGCUGAGCCUGGCUGCUUGUCAUAGCUGACACAGAGCCAUCUGCCACAAACCUGUGGCAGCUUCAGAUCUCCAAUCCCUGCCACCACCCCAACUCAAAUUAAAUACAGAUUCCUAGAGACGUUAUGAUGGUUACACAUGUCCUCGGCAUCACAUGGAGGAGACUGUUCAAAAAAAAUAUGUGGCCUGUUGUAUAACCGCACUCAUGUAUCCCAUAUGUGGUGCCACAUUGAAUUUCCGGUUGAAUCCGUUUUUAUCCUUUGUACUGGAUGACAUGGUGCCUGAAUUCUUUCUUUUUGCCGACACGAUGGCAGCCAAACUACAGCUUCAAACACUCUCACUUGGCUGGGUUUCUACCUAGGUUGCCAGGUUAUCAUCGGAGCCUUCUUGUGUCCUCAAAGGGCCACAGGGUCUGAAAGGAGGAUCAGAAUGCUACCAACUAAUUGGGCAGCCAUCUCAGAAAUGUUUGUGGGCAAAGGGCUGCUUUAGCACUUUUCUUUUAGCAAAUUAAUGACUCCCUGGCACAGGGGUUUUUAAGUGAAGGUAUUAAUAAGGGGUCUGGCAGGUAUUCCCAUGAUUCACAGAGUUACAUUUGCAUUUAAUUUAUGUUAAAGAAAGUUGCAGGAUAAACAGCUGUAAUUCAGACAAACAUGGGAAAUACACUAAGUGGGGCCAUCUCAUCCAUAAAAGGAACACUGAGAUACUUGUUUUAAUUUUUUUCCAGGGAUAAAAAUAGAGAAAUUAAAAUACUUCUAACAAAACCAGUAAUUUUGAUAUAAAUAUCCAUCAAAAGUAUUUGCAUCCAGCUACAAAUAUAAUCUUUUCAAGAUAAAUCACUUAUGAUUCCAAUAGUCAAGCUGCUCUAUUUGUUGAUGUCAAGAUGUUUUGAAUGGCUAGAUCGUAAAAUAAAUUUUUAAUAAAGUGCCCACUGCAAUUUUUAAUUAACAUAUCUCAUUUCAGUGUAAGUGUGUACAUCUAUCUGUAUGUUUCUCACUGAACACUUUCCUUGUGUCAGAGACAAUGAAUACAAUUGUUUCUUUUCCGGAUGAACAAGGAUCUGUUUUGCAAAUGUUUGUAAGAUAUUAUGACAUUUCCAAGAUUUUCUUUGCAUUCUGGAAAGCAGGAGGUAAACAUUUGUAGUCAUUAAGGUAGAGUCUGUUGAUAAACCAUCUUCUGUUUACUGGCAGGUAAAUUGUAACUUUCCUAGCUUUUGAAAUGAAUAACUUCUCUAAGCUGUAGAGUGAGAGGCAGCCAGGGAGAGGGGGAUAGACAAGGGCCAAGCCUGGCUCUCUGGCUUUUAGAAGAAUUGAGUGGUCUAGCAGGCAUCUGAGAUAGAGCGGGCACUGGUUCAAAAGUCUAGUAGGGCCCAAUUCACAGGUAGCAAAAGCGUAAGCAGGAAAUAGAUCAAGAUCAGGGGGCCAGAGAGAGCCCUCUGGAUAGAGGCAGACUUGCACAUCAGAGAAAGCGGCAGUUCAAGGCCCAUGAGGUCAGGGAAUUUAAAAGCAGGAAGAGUAAGAAGCAGAAACAACAAGCUCUGUCUUUGCACACAGUGAGAGCCAUAUGUGUGAUGGACAUCACAGCACUAGCUUUGAGUCCUCCUCCCCCUUCUGAGAAGGCACUGAACAAAUUACCCCCAACCCAUAAACAAAGAGCUCGGGAAUUAUUUGAGAAGUCCCUUCUGGUCUGAGACUGUGGAACUCGGAAUCUAUCAGUUAUGCUCCUUUUGAAUGGAAAAGUUAAGAUAUAAAUAUGCCUAAGAUGUUCUUAGACUAUUCUCCUGAACAGGGUUUAUCAUCUAAAGAGAUGCUUCAGUCAGAAAGGUGCCAUAUCAUAGAUGAUGUCUCUCAAAACAAUAUUACAUGCUCACGGCCAAGAAACAGUGCUUAGUUUACUAUGUUUUACUAUCCUGCAAAUAAUGAGCUCACAUUUUAUAGUGAACAAGAUAUUAUAUGCACAACUAUCCAUAUAUGUUUUUCUCACUAAGUGAUGGGAAAACAACAUGAAUUACUGUUCAGAUAGUGCAUCCAAAACAUUUAAAUAUUUGCCUGAUUUUGGCAAACACAAUAUUGCAAGUUACCUGUGUAUG